AUGUCCGAGCCCACAGCAACCCAACACCAUCCCAAAUUCCAAAACCACAAACCAGAACAAGAUGCCGUUGACUAUGAGAUGCAAACAUACACACGCGGGUUAGACUUUGAACGCCCACCACUCACAUUCCAGGCCGAUAGAUGGGAAGAAUUGGCUUGUAGCCGCAUGUCAGCCGACUCCAAGGGCUACGUCUACGGAUCGGCUGGAGUACGAGAAACAACAAACAAAAACCGCAAUGCCUUCAGGAAAUGGUCUAUUGUGCCAAACCGCCUGGUAAAGUACACGGGUUUCCCCAACCUGACGACCGAAAUCUUCGGCGAGAAAAUGGUAGCGCCCAUAGCCAUGGCGCCAGUUGGCGUACUGAAGAUCUUCAACCCCCAAGGCGAAGUCGCCGCCGCAAAAGCCGCAGCCAAAGAAGCUAUCCCAUACAUCCUAAGCACAGCGAGUAGCACGAGUAUAGAGGAUACCGCCGCAGCCAACGGCUCCGACGGCCAACGCUGGUACCAACUUUACUGGCCCUCACGCGAACACGACGACAUUACUAUAUCUCUACUCCAGCGCGCAAAGAAAUCUGGUUUUACAGCUCUGUUCGUAACGCUAGAUACAUAUAUCCUUGGCUGGCGGCCCGAAGAUAUGGAUAAUGGAUACAACCCCUUUAUGCGCGCAGAUCGCACAGGCGUGGAGCUCGGUAUGACAGAUCCUGUGUUCCGGAAACAGUUCAAAGAGAGACAUGACGUGGAUGUGGAGAGUAAGAUGGAGACUGCGGCGCCAGAAUGGAUGAGAACAAUCUUCCCUGGAGAGAGCCAUAGUUGGGAGGAUGUGGAGUUUUUGAAGGAGCACUGGGAUGGGCCAAUCGUGCUCAAAGGCAUCCAGAGCCUGGCUGAUGCGAGAAAAGCGGUCGAGGUUGGUGUGCAGGGCGUUGUUGUGAGUAAUCAUGGUGGGAGGCAGCUUGAUGGUGGAAAUUCCUCCUUGGGCGUAUUGCCACAUAUCGUUGAUGCUGUUGGCGACAAGUUGACAAUCUUCUUUGACAGUGGGAUUCAAUCUGGUGCUGACAUCGCGAAAGCAAUGGCGUUGGGUGCUGACUGUGUGCUAGUUGGUAGACCAUACGUGUAUGGUCUGGCACUCGGAGGGGAAAAGGGCGUGGAGCAUGUACUCAAGAGUUUGGUGGGUGAGCUGGAGCUGACCUUGCAUUUAAGCGGUAUCCAGAGUGUGCAAAAGAAGGACCUGUGUCGAAGUGUAUUAGUCAGGGAGGACGCGCUUUUUGAGGGAGUGAAGGGAGUGGGACUGCAUUAG